AUGGAAGACAUCCAAUCCGAACCGGACCUUGAGAUGGGUCAACUAGACGCCACUGGUGAACAAAACCUCUCCAAAUUCUUUGAAGAGGUGAAGGUCAUCAAGAUUGACAUGGAAGAGAUCACAAAUCUCCUCAUUGAUCUUCAUGACUUGAAUGAAGAGUCAAGAUCCACUCACAGUGCAAAAAUCCUGAAAGGAAUUAGAGACCGAAUAAACUCUGAUAUGGUUACUAUUCUUCAAAAAGCCAAAAAGAUUAAAUCAAGAUUGGGAUCAAUUGACCAGUCUAAUGUUGCUAAUCGCAGAUUGUCAAAGGCUUAUAAAGAAGGCAGCCCUGUUGAUCGAACUCGGGUUUCGGUGACUAAUGGCUUGAGAGUUAAGUUAAGAGACAUGAUGCAUGAUUUUCAAGCAUUGAGAGAAAAGAUAUUGAAAGAUCACAAAGAAGGUCUUAAAAGGAGGAGGGGGAAAGAGAAAGAAUUUGAAGGGAAAGCAGAAUUGGUGAAGGAGAAUCAAGCGAGGCAUGAGGCCUUGAAGGAGAUACAGAGGAGCUUGACUGAGUUGCAUCAAGUGUUUCUUGAUAUGGCUAUUUUGGUAGAGACUCAAGGUGAUGAGAUUAAUGAUAUUGAAGAGAAUGUGGCUUGUGCUAAGAUUCAUAUCAGUGGUGGGACUGAUGGACUGUACUACGCUAACCAAAUGAAGAAAAGAGGAAGCAAUUGGGGUUGCUGGAUUGGGGUUUUUAUGCUGAUUCUCAUGGGAAUUCUCGUUUCAACCUUAGCUUCUUGA